CUAGCUAACCCUAUGAGCUUUGAAACCACAGCAAUCACUUUCUUCAUCCUCCUUCUAAUUUGCUUCAUUUGCAUCCUCCUUUUAUUGAUGGUUUUUUUAUAUAAAUGUUUCCAAACCAAGAGCGAUGAAGAUACAGAAAAAAGUCCUUGUACAAAUGCUAAUGGAGGUGAAGAUUGUUUAGCUACUAAUGCAGCUACUGCAGAGACAGACAAUUCAGGAGACCAAGAAAAGCCUGUCCUAACACAAAUCAUGGACUUGAACGGACCGACGAGGCCUGGCAUUCUUGUCCAGAGACGGAGUAAAGAAGAGGUGGUCACACCCUUAGAAAACAAAGAGAACGUAGUAGAGAAAGAGGAGGACAAAACAAAAGAGAAAGAAGAGCCUAAGAAUGCUGAAGGAAAUGGUGAAGAGGACGAAGAUUUGCAAAAACCACCCAUACCUCUCAGUACAACUCCCUCAGGUGUUGAAAACCCCAAAAGACCUUUAAAAGGAGUGACAUUUUCUAGGGAGGUAAUUGUUGUGGACCUUGGGAAGGAAUACCCAACACCUCGAAGCUAUACUCGAGAACAUAAAGAAAGAAAAUGA